CUAGGGGUGUCGUAAAUCGUAAUCUAUAGGUUAUCUAUAAAUAUAUCUCCUUCCUCAUUAAAAUCCUCCAACAAAACCAGUAGCUUAAUGGAAAAAUCAUGUCGUAUUUUGUCGAGAACGCUUCCAUUGACUCCUUCGCUUUUGAUCAGCAGUACAACACUUUUCACUCACAUGGUUACGCUGCCGACCCUUCCGCUUCCGCCGUUAACCGUUAUGUUGGUGAUUCCGACGCUUUAAAGAAGAAGCGGCGUCGUCUCGAGAAAAAGAGGGUUGUCGAUAAGGAGAAGGAUGAGGUUCUUGAUAAGGAGGAGGUUGAGAAUCUUGCAAUUAGAUUCUUCCCCAAAUAUGGGCAUUUGAUUUUGUCAGCUGGGAUGGAUACCGAAGUUAAGAUUUGGGAUGUUUAUGGGUCUGGAAAGUGUAUGAGGACUUACAUGGGGCAUUCGAAGGCGGUGCGAGAUAUAUGUUUUUCGAAUGAUGGCACUAAGUUCUUGAGUGCUGGGUAUGAUAAGAAUAUCAAGUAUUGGGAUACUGAGACUGGUCAGUGGAAACUUGGAUUUGGCAUGGCAUUGUCAUUUUCAUUAUCUGCUUCAAAUUAUCCCUUGAAUGUUGUUAACGAUGUAAAAAACAACAAUAAAAACAAGCGUAGUAUGAUAAGAUCACUUCCUUUUUCACCUUGGUCUUCCCUGCUGUCAUCUUCUCUUCCUAUCAAAACUGGCCAAGAAACGAAAAGCUCAGAACCUCAGAAAAUUUACAGCUCCUUGAGUGGUCCUCUUUGUUACAACCAAGAAAAUACUGUCGGGAUCAUUGGAGGUGUGUCUGUUCUUUCUACAUUGAUCUUCCUCGAGAAGUUUGUGUUAUGGAGUUCAAGAGAUAAACAUGAAACUGUCCCUUUCAUUGUCUGCAGUGAUCCAGCAUCACCUUCGAGGUGUGACUAUAUUUCUGACAGCAAUAAUGGUGGCAUCUCUUCAGGAUUAGACAAAAUUAGGGUGGUUGAGAAUCUAAGAUGUAAGAGGAUGUUUCUUGAACAAGGGGGAGCGCGAUGCAUAGUCAUGCCUUGUCAUCUUUCUCAUGCUUGGUACGGUGAAAUAUCACAAGGGUGUAAGCAGCCUUUUCUUCAUGUUGCUGACUGUGUUGCUAGGGAACUUAAGGAAGCAAGAUUUAGGCCUCUGGAGGCUGGGAGUAGUGUCAAAGUUGGAGUUAUUGCAACUGAAGCUACUCUAAUGGCAGGAUUCUAUCAGGAAAAACUACAGGAUCAGGGGUUUGAGGUAAUGUUGCCAGAUAAAUCAACAAUGGAGCACAUCAUAAACCCGGCUAUAAACUCCUUGAAGAGAAAAGACAUGAAGGGAGCACGUAACCUGUUAAGAAUCGCGAUUCAGCUCCUCCUAGUGAAAUCUGUGAAUACUGUGAUCCUUGCCUCCCAUGAACUGCAGUGUUUGUUACCUCAUGACGACCCCCUUGUUAAGAAAUGCAUUGAUCCUAUGGAUGCUUUAGCAAGAUCAGCUAUAACAUGGGCUAAAUCUGCACAAGGGAGGAAUUAAUCGCGUGUUCUUGCUAAUUUAUCUUGUACAGUUUGCCCAACCACUGUGGACUCUCCUUGGUUCAACUGGAUGCUGGCAUGCUGCCCUUUCUUCUGAACAUAAGUGUAUAAGUUUAAUUUGAGUUGCCAUUUCUAUUUGAAGGUAUACAAACAGACCUUCCUCAUCAAGCUUGUUCUAGUUGGUGAGGUUAAAUAGAUAUCGAGUGCCAUCUUUCCCCAAUUAGGACAGAUUUCCUUAUCCCUUCCACUCAUCUCAAGGGCGCAACAUGUAAAUUUGGGGUAAAUUGAUCCUUGAGAGGGCUUGUUUAGCCGUCAUGUAGUUUUUGGGCCCCUAUUUGAAAAAUGUACCGUUUAUAUAAUUAUAUCACCUAUAUAAUGAAGAAAAUUUGUGUGCGAGCCAAAAAAGCGACUUUAUAUGAGAAAUUAUAUUCAUGUUAUUCUUUUGCUUUUUUCGUGUCAAAUCAUAUUUUUUUGUAUGGUGUACAAGAUGGGCGUUGAGGCUGGGCUGACUUAGUGCUAUGUCUAAUUAUAUUGGAUCCAUGUACAUCUUCUCUCUGCAAUCUCGUUGUUCUGUUGUAGUUGAUGGCUUGCAAAUCGACAUUAGAGUAAGAAGAGAAAAUCCUUAUGUUUAAUGAUUCUAGAAAGUAUUCCGAAGUAGAUGAUGAUAUCAUAAG